UUUUCUGGUUUCUGCUGAGAUCUGUCAGAAACUCAUAAUUGAGGUUAUGUUUUAAAAUGUAAACGAUCAUUAUCUUUUAUCUGUAAUUCUGUCAAUUAUUUUAAUGAUGCUUCCAUGUAAAAAGUGAUAGAUUAUCAGUCUAUUUAAUAGUUUUAUUAGAAAAGCAAUUAUGUCUCAUUACAUCGGCAUUUAUGUUCUAAAUGUAAUACACCGGGACAAAUACAAAACCAAUAAAACCAAAUGAAAUGGCAUUGAAAGACGACACAUGGGUGCGACGGUUUAUUGUUUCUGAUCCAGUCAAACAUAAAAAAGGAUUUACUUUGUAUAAAAUCACCUCAAUUGUUUUCCCCAAGAAACAUCCUGAAGCAGUUACCAAAAUCAUUGUCUGGAAAAGAUAUAAUGAUUUCAAGAAACUUCAUAAGGAGUUGAAGCUCAAAUACCAAAAACUGCAGUUACCUGAUAAAUUCCCUCCAUUUGUCAAAGCUAAAUUUUUUAGGAGGUUUGAAGAUGAUGUAAUCGAGGAGAGAAGGCAAGCCGCUCUGGUUUUAUUGGACUUUGUCGCUCAGCACUCAGCUCUCUUCACCUCUGAAACCUUUGUGAAAUUUUUCCAAUGUGGUUAUUCGGUGAACAAUACUACUGGGUCGAUAGACAAGAUAGAGCCUUGCUACAACACUCUAAUUCAGCCUUGGGCUCUCGAAGAUCCCUUCCACCCAGCUGCAAUAUUCAGUGGUCCUAUCAGGAAAGAUGAAAACGCUGUUACAAACUCUGAGGAUGACAUCACAAGUUUCACCACAGACACUGACUCGGCUAUUAGCAGUCCGUUGCAGAGUGAGGACAUCGCCUGGGGAGUGGACGACAAUUCUCCAGUACAUAGAGCCUGCCUGCCGCCUCCGGCAUGCAAGAUAUUUUCUCCAUCACUUGAAAGAGAGUUGACGGCUGAUAAUGGAUCAUGUUCGUAUCUCCAAGUAGAUGAUUUUUCCACUAUCGAUCAGGGCGGUACAUCAAAGAGUAAAGAGCUGAGAAAAGAAAUAUCGUUGGCUGAAUUGUGGAGACCAAUCGACGAGCUAAGGUUCUAUAAGGUGCUUGCUGUUUAUACCAAAGUAAUGCUAGUCAUUGACACACGAAACGAUUCCCUCCAUGUUAUCAAAGGCCUGCAGAAGUCGCCGUACCCCAUGCUGAAGGAUAGGGGCACCGUUCUACCAGGUGUGAUUCCCUACAUGGUGCAGUUGCAUGCUCUCGUCGAAACUGCCAGCUUCGUCUACCUGGUUAUGCAACAUGUCAGUAGCGGCAAACUGUGGGACUAUGUGACUCCCUACUUUCCCAAGUACGCACCGAAAAUCUGCACUAGAAAUACGUCACCAGUCGACGAGGAUCCCAAGUCACUAUCGGUGUCACAGCACACUGUCACCAAUUCAGCCUCCAAAACCACCACCACCAUCCACCAAUCCAGGUCUUCCUCAUCCGCAUCCAGCAUAGAGCUCGACAGCUACAUCGACCUCAUCAAAGAUUACACUUCUGCCAAAAAAGGCAAUCUCGAUGAUCGAAAACGUGUUACAAAUUCAGUUAGCAGCGACGAUAUGGUGAAAAGUGAUAAGAGCAGUUUGUAUGAACAGAUACUCAACUACUCCAAGAGUGAAAACGCGUUGAACACUGUGGUCGAUAGAGACGAUCCUCUGUAUCAGAUCACCGACGAUCUAACUCUGUUCAAUUUGGUAGCUGAUCGACUGGAGAGCGGGAAGACUAGUAGUGAGUUGGCUGAAAAGUGGGGAAAGUUGACCGCGGAGGGUCAAGUUGAUAGCUCACUAGAAAAAGUUGUAGGUUUAGAUAGUAGUCAUGAUAGUGUAGGUAAGAUGAAAAGUUCAAAAUCAAAUGCGAAAGAUCAAGUUGACAGCUCGAUAGAAAAAGUUGUAGGCUUAGAUAGUAUUCAUGAUAGUGCAGGUAUGAUGAAAAGUUCAAAAUCAAAUGCGGAGGAUCAAAUUGAGAGCUCGGUAGAAAAAGUUGUAAGUUUAGAUAGUAGUCAUGAUAGUGUAGGUAAGAUUAAAAGUUCAAAAUCAAAUACGGAGGAUCAAAUUCAUAGCUCAGUAGAAAAAGUUGUAGGUUUAGAUAGUAGUAAUGAUAGUGUAGGUAAGAUGAAAAGUUCAAAAUCAAAUGCGAAAGAUCAAGUUGACAGCUCGAUAGAAAAAGUUGUAGGCUUAGAUAGUAUUCAUGAUAGUGCAGGUAUGAUGAAAAGUUCAAAAUCAAAUGCGGAGGAUCAAAUUGAGAGCUCGGUAGAAAAAGUUGUAAGUUUAGAUAGUAGUCAUGAUAGUGUAGGUAAGAUUAAAAGUUCAAAAUCAAAUACAAACCUCAAUGUGGUUGACAGUGUAGUAGAAUCUCCUAUUAGUUGUAGUAGUAAAGAAUCAAAAUUCAUCUGUGAUGUUUUAGCCUGUGAUGAUAGUGUGCGAGACGAUAACACUGCCAGCCUCGUGGAAAAUGCGAAAAGAUUGUUGAGAUCUGUGGAUGAAACGUUAUCGAAAAGUGAGAGCCUAAUGGUGCGAGUGAAACAGGACAUGAUGCUGAAAGAGAGCGCUUCGGCCAUCAUAUCUUCAUCUUCGUCUUCGUCGUUUGAGAAUAUCAUAGUGCACGCAGAUGAUGAUGUUGAUGACAUGGUGCGGAGUAUACCUGAAUCUCCCAGCUCGUUACGUCAUCUAAAAGCAUUCGAUAUGACAAGACUGCAUCCUGGGUCGCCCUAUUCUCGAGGUGGUUCACCGGUGAGCAGCGUGAGCACAGACCCCGAAGCGCAUUGGUGGAAGCUGGAGGAGGAGGGGCGUGGUCUGAGGGAGGACACUGUACGCAGGUGGGCUGCACAGCUGUUCACUGCACUCUCAUCACUCCACGACCUCGGCAUCAUCUGCAGAGAUCUGAAUCCGGACAACCUACUGGUGCACAAGGGCUGCGUGAAGCUAACCUACUUUUGCCAGUUCGCGGGCGUCGAGCCACCAGUGCAGUCGAGGGCGAUUGCGCAGUUGUUCUGCGCACCCGAGGUCACCCAUCCAACGGGCCUACUGGCCGUGACGCAGGCGGCCGAUUGGUGGAGCUUCGGCGCUAUUCUCUACCAACUGCUGACUGGGCAAAGUCUGGCCUCCUGUCACCCGGGUGGCUUUCACUGCCAUACCAUUCUCUACAUUCCUAACGAGGCGCUUUCCAAGCCAGCUGCGUCGAUUCUCAACCAGCUACUGCAGUUCAAUCCUUCAGAGCGGCUCUGCUGUAGAGAAGAGAUCCAAGCUCAUCCUUUCUUCUCGGGCAUCGAUUGGGUGCAAAUUCACAACGAAGGUCUUACCGCAGACUAACUCAAACCAGUCAAUAUCCCACCUGAUCAAAUCUAUAUAGGGCAAUUGUAAAUUGGUUUACUUUUGUUGUUGUAAUGCAUUUUCAGUGUAUUGCGUUGUCUGAAAGCCGUGUAUACUCUAUUUAACCUAAUAGAUGGUAUUUGAAAUGACAA